AUGAUGGGCUCUGGCGUUACCGGGGGCAACAUGAAGAAGUCCCAGACCCUGGGAGGGGUGGACCCGGACACCUGCAUGAUGGUGUUCAAGAACCACUGGACACAGGUGGUAAAGAUUCUGGACAAACACGAGCCGAGUCGCUGCGGUGCUCUGAGCUUCUUCUCUGGUCUCUCUGGCGCCUCCCCAGGUGCCAGUGGUGGAGGAGGGGUCCUGCGCCUACCCACCAUCCCCUCGGACGAGGCCAGCGCCGUGCACAACUACGUGGAACACAUGCUGUACCUUCUGAUGGAGGAGGAGCCCGGCCGAGGCGGGGCCAUGGGUCCCAUCCUGGAGCUGGUGGUGGUGGAGGGGGUGAUGGAGAGGCUGUUCCUGUGGAGCCUGCGCCGACACUUCACCGUGGACCUGAAGCUGGAGCAGCUCCGGAUGUACCAGAUGCUGCUGAUCCACGCCCGCCAGCCCCUCCUGCACCACAAGCCCAUCCUCAAGCCCCUCAUGGUGCUGCUGGCUGCCUGUGCUGAGAACACCACAGAUGGAGGCGGGCAGGUGGAGCAGGUGGAGCGGGAGCUGGUGUCUCUGCUCCAGCAGCUGUGUGUGUCUCUGGUCCGAGACCCGUCGGUCCUGGAGCUCUUCUUCCACUCCACCCAGGACCAGGGAGCGGCCAACUUCCUGCUGUUCUCCCUGCUCAUCCCCUACACACACAGACAGGGCCCAGUGGGGGAGCAGGCCCGAUCUUCCCUCCUCCUCAUCAUGUCUCUGUCGGCCUUAGAAUCAAGAGUCACCCAACACAUAGUGGAGCACACCUACUUCUGUCCUGUUCUUGCUACUGGUCUGUCAGGCCUCUACUCCACCUUGCCUGCUAAACUUAAGGUGUACAGCGAAGACUGGCACUCCCUGGAAGAAGCUGAUUGGAUGCAGGUCCCGGCUUUAGUUCACUUCCUGCAUUCUCUGGAGUUCUGCAGUGCUGUUAUCAAGGUGGCUCACCCUUCCAUAAGGUGUCAGUUGCUAGGUUACAUCUACAAUGGCUUCCUGGUGCCUGUCUUAGCCCCGGCCUUGCAUAAGCUGACAGUAGAAGAAGUGAUGACCACCACUGCCUACUUGGAUGUGUUCCUGCGCUGCGUCUCCGAGCCGGCUCUGCUCCACACCUUCCUGUCCUUCAUCCUGCUGCACACGCACGACCACGUGCACAUCCUGGACACACUGGUCAGCCGGAUCAACACCCCCUUCCAGCUUGGGGUGGUGUCGCUGGCCCUUUUCAGGACUCUGAUUGGUCUGUUCUGCGAAGACGUCAUGCUGCAGCUGGUCCUCAGGUAUCUGAUCCCAUGUGAGCACCUGGGCAGCAGGGGGCGCUCCCUGCUGCACGAGAGGGACUGCUACUCCUCCAGCGCCUCCUGCUUCCUCCUCCUCACCCCUUCCUUCUGCCCCCUUCGGCCUCCUCUCUCCCCCCACCAGACGGCCCCCCCCCUCCACAGUGAGCACAUCCACUGGCCCCGGGCAGGUGUGUCUGAGGGAGACAGCGUCGCUUGCUGUAGAUCCUCUGGCUUCCUGAUCCAAGUCAACUACCUGCACUACCUCCAGGAGGCCCGCCGAGCCAUCUGCACUUCUACCAGGGCGUGUCGGACCUGGUCUGCUCCGUACGAUGGCCUCAGACCCCUCCCUCACGGCGGGGAGAGAAGAGGUGGGGAGGGGGGAGAGGAGAACGGAGGACAGAUGGAGGCGGGAAGGGGAGGAGGGGAGGGAGCAGGAGAGGAGGCGGACUCCGUCACCGUGGGCAACGAGAUGGACCGUCGCAUCUCCACGUACGAGCUGGAGUGGGACGACAUGUUCAGGGACGACGACCCCGCCAUGAUGUCAUCGUCGACGUCGGCGUCAGGGGUGACCGAGCCCCCCAGACACAUCCAGGAGAUGCGCCGCAGCGCCACCGUCCUGUUGCGCGGGGGCGGGGCCUACGCGGAGGAGUCAGACUUCCAGGACGAUGUGCUCGUGUACCACCUGGUCGCCCUGAGGGAUGCCAGGACGCCCGGCACCCUGGAGCCAGACACCAGCCGGCUAGCUGCUAGUAGCCAGCUAUCACCUGGUGACAGCUUCCUGUCUGCGUACCAUGAGCUGAUGCUGUGGUUGGGCAGGGACCCCGACGCUGACCCCGACGACGACCAUGACGACGACCCCAGUGACCUCGUCACAUUCAGGAGACGGGUCCAAGCACUGAGGCAGAAACAGGAAGAGGAGGGGCUUGAGGAGGAAGUGGACUUUAACUCAUGGAAGGAGGACGAGGACGAGGACGAGGAGAGGAGGAGUGGCAGCAGGGAACAAGGCAUUUCCUUUACAGGUCCAUUCCUCAGCGUUCUGCUCUCUCGGCUGGAGAACCUUCUGGACAACUCCAUCGCCGUCAACCUGCUGCUCACGGGCAUCCUGGCUCAGCUGGCCUCGUACCCGCAACCUCUGCUCAGAUCCUUCCUGCUCAACACACACACACUGAGCACACGCACACUCUAUCAGGUGCUAUCGUCAGUGCGUGUGCAAAUAGAGAACUAUAUGUCUGACAGACCAGACUACGUUUCCAUGGUAACACAGGCCUGGAGGUUCCUAUUGGCCAAGGACCAGAGGGUCGGAGCUCCCAGCGGGACGGGUGCCCCCCCGCUGCCCCCCUGCCCCCCCAUGCAGUCCCAGGACAAGGCGAGGGUGUUCGCCAUCGUCCUGUAUGGAGAGUUCCUCAAAGAGCUGGCGGCGCUGGCCCAGGAACACAGCAUCACGCCCUGA